AUGGAGGGGGUUCAUGAACAGACAAGUGAAAUUUCUCUUAGUACUUUACAUACCAUUCUUCUUAAAAUAGAUGCACGACUCACAAACAUUGAAACAAACAGCUCUUCUUUGGAAAAGAGAAUGUGUGAUAUUGAGAAUAAAAUGAGUACUAUUAAUAGAUUGGCAGAAGCAGUUGUUUCACUUGAAAAUAAGAUGCAAAGAUUUGAGGGUGAAAUAAAAACAAUGAAAGAGACCGUGACAGAGGCAGAGGUGAGUGCCAGAUCUAUAAGUGACAUGUUUGACAGUGUGAAACACAUUGCUGAGAAAGAAUUAGAACAGUUAAGAGAUGGUUCAAAGAAAAUGGACAUGGAACUCAAUUCAAGUGUUCAAUCUUUAAAAAAGAAAAAUGUUGAGCUACAAGAAUCUAUUACUGAUCUUCGAAGCAGAUCGAUGAGGGACAAUUUAGUGUUUUGUGGAAUCCCCGAAAAAAGAAACGAAAAUUGUGAGACAGUGUUACGUAAUUUUUUAAAACACAAGAUGAAAAUUUAUGACUACAUCUCUUUUGAGAGAGUGCACAGAAUGGGCAAAUAUGACGAAUACAAUACAAAACCUCGAAACAUAGUUGCAAAAUUUUCGUUUUUUCAAGAUAGAGAAUAUAUUAGAACACAAGCCCUCAGGAAACUAAAAGGAACGCACGUAUGGGUGAAUGAACAGUACCCCCCAGAAGUUGAGGAGCGACGAAAAAAGUUGUACCCAGUAAUCCGCCAGGCCAGAAAAGAACACAGACGAGUAAAACUAGUCAAAGACACUUUGUACAUUGAUGGUGAUUUGUACGUGCCUGAAGAUCUAGAAUCCGCUCCAUGCACAGAAGAGAAGGGCUCGCUCGAUAAUGCCGCAGCUAUACAAACAGGAGAACAGUCGGAUAAUCGGGUGCAUACACCGUGGUCUCAACGUGGAACCUCGACAGGUUCAAACCGUGCGAACAGUGACAGCGAUCCAGAUACUCAGUCGCCUGCACACAAAAAAUUCCGCUAUACUGGACCAGUUUCCUCCACAUAG